AGACGUUAUUGAAUUGGAAACAGCUGUAAAGUUGGGAAUCUCUUUUUUACACGUACAGCCUCUGUUGGCUUUAUACAUAGAGAUUUUGCCAUUAUAACGAGAAAUUCUGUGAUAGGAGUUCAAGUUCUGGAUAGAAGUGUUUGGGUUCAAUCCUUUCUGCCAUUCGUUUCAGUUGCAACUUUUAACAAGAUGGAAGAAUUCAAGAUUGAAGAAUACGUCCCUCCCACAACCAAAAUUCCUUUUCAAAGCGAUAAGGAAUACCAUGUGUUUCUGAGUUUCAGGGGAGAAGAUGUGAGAAAGAAUCUGGUGGAUCAUCUCUAUCAAGCUCUCACUGCUGCCGGACUCCAUGUUUAUAAGGACGACGACAAAUUGGAAAAGGGAGAUCUGAUUUGGCCGAGCUUGGAAAGAGCAAUUGAGAGCAGCGCUGUACUCAUCCCUGUAUUUUCAAGAGGCUAUGCAGAGUCCACAUGGUGUCUCAAUGAGGCGGCCACAAUGGUGAAGACCAAGGGUUUUAUCAUUCCUCUCUUUUAUGACGUGGGUCCAACUCAUGUUAGAUAUCCUCUAGGCAACUCCAGUCCGUACAAGCAAGCAUUUCUAAAACAUUAUAGCCAUUCCGAUCAAAUCCAAAGAGAAGAAAUUGAAUGGUGGAAGUAUGCUCUUCAACAGAUCUGUCCAUGCCUAAAACUUUAUGGGCAUUCAGUUCGAUACCCAAGAGAAGAGAUCGACGGAUGGAAGGGUGCCCUUGAAAAGAUCUGUUCGCGCUCAGGGUGGUCCAUGGAUUUGACUGGAGGUUGCAGUUUCCAAGCCCAGCUAGUAAAGACCGUGGUGAAUGAUGUCAUUAAGACAUUGGAUAAAGUGCCGUUAGAAGUUGCCAAGCACCCAGUUGGACUGGAAAGCGUGACGGAUGAUCUCAUUCAGAAAUUUAAACUCAAUUCAAAGGAAGGUGUUGUUAAAGCUGGAUUGUGUGGCAUUGGCGGUAUUGGCAAGACCACAGUUGCCAAGGCCCUCUACAACCAAGUUUAUACUCAGUUUGACGCUGCUUCCUUUGUGUUCAACGUCCGUACCACUGCAGCAGACAAAACAGGCCUUACAGAUUUGCAGAAGCAAAUUCUUCGAGAUUUAUCCAACUAUAAUGAAAAUGUGCAGAGCGUUGACAAAGGCAUAUCCUUGUUUAGAGAUCGUUUGGGAGGAAAACGUGUGCUUCUCAUUUUAGAUGAUGUGGAUGCUGAGGUGCAAUCAAAUGCUUUGGUUGGGGAUUGGUUGGCCCCUGGUAGCAGAGUCAUUAUUACUUCUAGAGACAAACACAUGCUCCAUUUUGCGCGGGUUUCAUCUGAAUGCAUCCACGAGAUGAGUGGAUUGCAGAUAAAUGAAGGUCUCAAAUUAUUUAGCUGGCAUGCAUUUUUGAGAGAAUCUCCAAUCCCCACUCACGAGGAUCUGUCCAAAAGAAUAGUGGAAGCUUGCAAGGGGCAUCCUCUUUCGCUAGAAGUGAUUGGAGCCUUUUUGUAUGACAAGCACAAUGAAAUAGAUUGCUGGACAGAAGCUGUUGACAACAUUACACUCCAUGCAGACAUUCACAAAACACUCUACAUCAGUUAUAGUGCUCUUAGUGAAGAGGAAAAAGAAAUAUUUCUUGACAUCGCUUGCUUCUUCAUCGGAGAACACAAAAAAAUUCCCAUUAUUUUCUGGAAAUCUUUGUACAGGAGGGUACACGCAGCUAUAUCCAAUCUUUCUCUGAAGUUACUGAUAAAGAUUGAUGAGAAAGGUGUAUUUGAUAUGCAUGACCAUUUGCAGGAUAUGGGGCGGACCAUUGCUGAAGAGGAAAAACAGGGUACCCGACUAUGGGAGACAGCUCAUUUAAGCACCGCAUCGAAUAUUAUCAAUUUCUCUCGCAUUCGAUUGAAUGGAGGUAAUUUGGCAAGGCUUGAGACAGUGAACAGACCUGGUCUACGAUUUCUUCACUUGAAGAAUCUUUUCAUUGACACGCUACCCAUGCUUCCUUCAAGUUUAAUAUGGCUACAGCUGGAAAAAUGUAGCUUUGCAAUACAAGAGACAUUUCAAUUCAGUGUUGUGGGUGACAUUUUGCAAAUGAGGAUAAUGCAAGUACAUGGCGGUAACAUUUCCUUGGACUCUGAUAUGAUUGGCAACCUAUCACAGUUGCAGUAUUUAGGCUUGGGAGGGUGUAUAAAUCUAAAUAACCUCCCUGAUAUCAUUGGCAACCUAUCACAGCUGCAACAUUUAGGCUUGGGAGGGUGUACAAAUCUAAAUAACCUCCCCGAUACCAUUGGCAACCUAUCACAACUGCAGUAUUUAGCCUUGGGAGGGUGUACAAAUCUAAAUAACCUCCCCGAUACCAUUGGCAACCUAUCACAGCUGCAGCAUUUAGGCUUGGGAGGGUGUAGAAAUCUAAAUAACCUCCCCGAUACCAUUGGCAACCUAUCCCAGCUGCAGCAUUUAGCCUUGGGAGGGUGUACAAAUGUAAAUAACCUCCCCGAUACCAUUGGCAACCUAUCCCAGCUGCAGCAUUUAGCCUUGGGAGGGUGUACAAAUUUAAAUAACCUCCCCGAUACCAUUGGCAACCUAUCCCAGCUGCAGCGUUUAGACUUGGGAGGGUGUAGAAAUUUAAAUAACCUCCCCGAUACCAUUGGCAACCUAUCCCAGCUGCAGCGUUUAGGCUUGGGAGGGUGUAGAAAUUUAAAUAACCUCCCCGAUACCAUUGGCAACCUAUCCCAGCUGCAGCGUUUAGGCUUGGGAGGGUGUACAAAUUUAAAUAACCUCCCCGAUACCAUUGGCAACCUAUCCCAGCUGCAGCGUUUAGGCUUGGGAGGGUGUACAAAUUUAAAUAACCUCCCUGAUACCAUUGGCAACCUAUCCCAGCUGCAGGGUUUAGGCUUGGGAGGGUGUACAAAUUUAAAUAACCUCCCCGAUACCAUUGGCAACCUAUCACAGCUGCAGUGUUUAGGCUUGGGAGUGUGUACAAAUUUAAAUAACCUCCCCGAUACCAUUGGCAACCUAUCCCAGCUGCAGCAUUUAGGCUUGCCAGAGUGUACAAAUUUAAAUAACCUCCCCGAUACCAUUGCCAACCUAUCACAGCUGCAGCAUUUAGGCUUGGGAGGGUGUACAAAUUUUAAUAACCUCCUCGAUACCAUUGCCAACCUAUCACAGCUGCAGCAUUUAGGCUUGGGAGGGUGUACAAAUUUAAAUAACCUCCCCGAUACCAUUGCCAACCUAUCACAGCUGCAGCAUUUAGGCUUGGGAACGUGUACAAAUUUAAAUAACCUCCCCGAUACCAUUGGCAACCUAUCACAGCUGCAGCAUUUAGACUUGGGAAUGUGUACAAAUUUAAAUAACCUCCCCGAUACCAUUGGCAACCUAUCACAGCUGCAGCAUUUAGCCUUGGGAGGGUGUAGAAAUUUAAAUAACCUCCCCGAUACCAUUGGCAACCUAUCACAGCUGCAGGUUUUAGACUUGGGAGGGUGUACAAAUUUAAAUAACAUCCCCGAUACCAUUGGCAACCUAUCACAGCUCCAGCAUUUAGACUUGAUGACCUGUCCAAAUUUAUAUAACCUUCCUGAAACCGUUGGCAACCUGCGAAUACUGAGCCGUCGACGCCUGCAAAUACUGGGCCGUCGACGCCUGCGAAGAGAAGGCGCACAGUUGGUGGGAAGAGAGAUUGAAGUGAGAGAUGCGCUCAAAUUUGGAAGUUCGGAGAUGUGCUUUAAUGAUGAUCAGCGAUUGUCAGAGGCCUCUUCAGUGGUACGAGCCAGGAGAAAGCGCAAGAGGCGAUUCUGACAUUUCUGUUUUGAAAUGUCCGGCGUUGCAGGAGCUGGUGCAUGAUACAGAUACAAAUAAUCAGUUGUUUGGACAGUUGACAAUCAGAGCAGUGGUGAAUCGUCUCGCUUGCGGUUCGAGAAAUGGCCAGAGGUUGUGUAGAAGUGGCAAUUAUAUGUUUAAUGGUGUUAUCUAGGAAAAGUGCAGAGGCCACGGAUAAGAUCCAGUUGCAGGAGUAUUGAACAUGGAGACACCCCUGGCAUCAACUUAGCAGUUAGCACACGAGAUGAUUUGAUUUUGGCAUGAGAAAAACUAAAAGCCCAUACCAAUAUCACUUUACAGUAGUAGUUAUAACAAGAAAAAGGCCUACAAGUGUUAAGUUUCAGGCAGGGAGUAGUGAAUCGCCUCCUUUCGGUGCCCAGAAGCUUUGUGAUGUCAACUCGCUGUUGAUGACCGUUAUGGAGAACUUCUAGACAUCUGGCAGGGAGAUUAGAGAAGACCAAGCCAAAAAUCUUCAAGAACUUCCAGAUUUUAUGUCUGCUGCUCUAGAUCAAAUUUACAAGAAGGUAAUCGAAAAUUGUGUUCGUAAGAGAAUGGCUUUAGAAGUGAGUAUUGCAGAGAGCGAAAAGAGGCUGAAAGAACUCUUAGGCACUAAUGUUUAUCAGAAGCAGACAAAGUGGCAUCGACCCUGUUCUAUGCAAGUUCUUCUAGCUCCAAUGGUUGCUGCAUUUAUGGGAGACAUUGGGUCUCUAUUAUGAACACAAAGUAUUGGUGAAAUUUGCUUGGAUGAAUAUAGCAGGAACCGGAUAUCAACAGUAUUUUGAAAAUCUUCAUGGUUAAGAGACCAGUGAAACAUGUAAGGACCUCAUCGAGAAAUUAACUCUCUUGCCGGGAAUAAUGAUAAGUUAAUCAAGAUUACUUCUAGUUGUUUUAAGCAUUCUGCAGAUGAAUAUGACACCAAAGAAAACUUUUGGAGUGCUAUACAGAAACGUUGCAUUAAUUAUCUUCAAAUCUCCAGGCUGAGUUGGCUGAAUUACAUGCAUUGAGAACAAUACUGCAAAGCUAUGUUGUGGAGAAGUCGCACACUAGCUUCUGAUGUUCUUUCUAAUUCAACCCAGGGACCACGUCGAAGUUUGGCAACGACUCUUCCUGCUCCAAAAUUGGCUGUGUAGUCAUCAGCAGCUAAAACAGAGAUGUCUCCACAGUUGGACUCUGUCAUGUUCACCUCCCAUAUGGUAAAACCAGUCUGAAGAAUGAAGAAGACUAUGACUGGGACAAAUUUCAGUGUCUUCCAGUUUCCACCAGAGUAGUUUCUGAAGGCACAUCAGCAUGAAUCUAUUUUAGAAGAUUCGUCCAAACAGGGAAUUGAUUUUCCAGCUAAGGAUUGAUGAUUUUUAAUCAUUUUCUGGAUCUCAAUUGCUUACAGGUUCAACUAUAACAGGGGAAAUCCUAUAAGAUACACGCAAACUCACUUUCUGUAGCUUUUGAAGAACAUAUAAGAUAACAAAAGUGAACUGAACAGAAAGAGAAUCUCCAACAAGAAUCACCAGAUAAAUCAAGUGAAGAUGGCAGUCACAAGGAUCUUUCUUCAUUCCAUUCGUAAUGGUGAGGUAGCUGAUGAGCUACAUAUCAACUCCAAAAGUCCAGUCUAUACGAGAAAACAGAAGCAAAACCUCAAAAAUCAAAUGUCUUGCCAUCCCAAAGGCUUCUCAAUCCUUUGACAUCGUUAAGCCAGGCGAUUUAGCCAUAAUCUUGGUAGAUGGCAUUGUAUUUUUUUUUGGGUAAAAGAUAGGGUCAUUCAAAAAUUUGUUUUGUAAUUAUUUACAAAUUUUAUAAUACUCAAAAUUAAACACA